AUGGAACAAAUAAACAAAACAACAGUGAAAGAAUUUGUUCUACUGGCUUUUUCCAAUCUCCAAAAGUUUCAGAUCUUACUUUUCAUUAUUAUACUCCAAAUGUACAUCAUAAGCAUCGCUGGAAACUUAGCUGUCAUUACCUUAGUUAAAACUGGAACUUCACUCCAUUCUCCAAUGUAUUUUUUCAUCAGUGUCUUUGCUGCUUUAGAAAUCUCCUUUGUGUCUGUUACCAUUCCAAAACUCCUUGCCAACUUGAUUGCAGCAGGCAAUAAGAUCUCUUUCAUAAAUUGCUUUGCACAGUUAUAUGCAUUUAAUGCACUUGGUGUAACAGAGUGCUAUAUGCUUGCAGUUAUGGCCUUUGACAGAGAUUUAGCAAUUAACCAUCCUUUAAGGUAUUCUGCAAUUAUAACCACUACAGUUUGCACUGCUUUGGCAAUAUUUCCGUUUACAAUAAGUUUUAUCAUUGCUUUAAUACCCACUGUUUUUACAGCUGAUUUGUUAUACUGUGGGCCCAAUGCAAUCAACCAUUUUUUCUGUGACUUGGCUCCAGUGCAGAACUUAGCUUGUUCUGAUCCACUAAUUAGUAAUUUAGUCACCAGCAUUGCAGCUGUUUUUGCCAGUUUGACUCCUUUUAUUCUUAUCUUAGGUUUCUACACACACAUUAUUAUCACUAUAGCCAAAAUUAAGAGUAUAGAAGGGAAAAACAAGGCAUUCUCCACUUGCUCCUCCCACCUCACUGUUGCCUGCCUCUUUUAUACUUCAGUCAUCAUAGUGUACAUAAAGCCAAAGGGUAGCCAUUAUGAUAAGUUUCUUGCUCUUAUGUACACAAUUGUUAUUCCAUUUUUAAAUCCAUUUAUUUAUACUUUAAGAAAUAAAGAUGUAAAGGAUGCUUUUCAAAAAUUAAACAUUUUCAAGUUGAGAAUUUUCUAA